AGAGGGCAGAGAGCGACGUGAGGCCCGCACGCCUCCCAGCGCGGCCUCCUCCAUCCCGCGCCCAGCAAGGAAUCGGCCUCCCUGCCUUCCUUCCUUCAGCUCUGAGGCGAGGUGUGUGUGUGCGCGCGGGAAGGGAUGGGGGGGUGCGCGCAGGCGCAUAUCGCCUGUUGCAGUUUUUGGCCGUUUGUGGCCCUGUGAUUGUGUUUGUCAUAUAAAUGUGUUGUAUCUUACUGGAGCCGCGCGAGCGCCAUAAAGAAGGUGCAACUGUCCUCCCUCGCCUCUCCGAUGUCCAUUAUGAGAUCCGGGAAGAGCUCUGCCAGCUGACGGCCUCGUGGGCUCCCGUGCCGCCCUCGAGCGAUUCCUGCGUCAUAACCUAUGAGAGUGACAUAGACGUAGACGGCGAAGGGUUCAUCGGCCCGUGGGAUCGAACGCCUUCCCGGACCGUACUGGUGCCCCUGGGGAAUCAGAACAGACUGAUAUUCAAAGCUCGAGCGACGUGUAACAAUAAUAAUACGUUUGCAGGCGAAUGGUUUGAGCUCCCAAUUCGACAAAACGGUACGGCAGGCACAGGGGCCAGAAAUAUCAGCUGCAUUUGGCGCUACAAGGAGUCCAUCCAGUGCUCCUGGCGGCGGGGAGAGAAUGCGAGUCCUCACACCCUCUACAACCUGUCCUACUGGUGGUCUCCAGAACUGAGGAGUUGUACCAAUUACACUAAAGAAGGCGAUGUCUUUCGAUGCACUUUCCAUUUUGACGCCGUGUUGGUCGAGUCUUUUGCAAUCUCCAUCCGCGGCAAUUCGGACGAGGUUCAGACCGUGUGCCUGGUCACAAAGUAUAGCAUUGAAGAAAAAAUUCCCAUCAAACUUCACACUCCAAAGAUCGUAGACAUCAAGGAAAGCAGCGACGGUGUAUAUCUGACUUGGACUCAGCCGAAACUGUUCACUGGCAUAUGCUACCAAGUCGAAGUGAACAACACCAAAACAAAGAUAAGGGUAUUUGAGGACCACACCAACGUCAGCAUCCCUCUCGCGCUGAAGGGGUACCAUACUUUCCGGGUGAGAUCCGCAGCAGACUCGUCUGGGAGUCAGUGCCAGGAGACCCGGGGAAAUUGGAGCGAUUGGAGCGAACCGGUGGACUGGGGCAAACCAGAGAACAUGAACUACCUUCUGUUACUCCUCAUCCCAUUAUGCGUGGCCAUCCUGACAGUCAUUUUGCUCCUUUACUUGAAAAAGAUUAAAUUGCUGAUUCUCCCAACGAUCCCGGACCCGGGAAAGUUCCUCAAAAACAUGUUUGAAGAACAAAGCGAAGACCUCCCAUCGAAAGGGAUGUUCCAGGAGUUGAAUCAGGAUCUCUAUAAGCAGCCCUUGCAACUACGGGUCAAGGAAGAGCCGACCGAUUUGUUGAUUGUCACAAGUGGAAGCGAGGAUUGAGGACAUCCGGCUCUUUACGCCACGCGACGUCUGAAUGUAAACCUUGGGGAGAGGAAACGAAGGACAAUUCCUCGGAAUGGCACCACGGCACCCGGCAUCCUUUCCAUGAGACCUUUUUGCCGGCUGCAUCAACCCAUUCCUUUAUUGCUACCACCUAUGCCGUUGAACUGGGACGCUCACCCCGAGCUCUGUGUUAGCUUCUGUGAAGCAGCCUUUCUGCCGUUUGUCUUCUUCUCCUUCAGGCGUGUCUUCAGUUGCGGACCUUGCUUUGCUUUGAUGUCCAUCCAGUUUGUAACGUGCACUUCUCCAAGGAACUAUUUUUUUCAAAAGUCGAAGUUGGUUGGACUCCUUGACCAAUGGUGACACCAUGGAUGCAUCUCUUACCAGCUGGAAGCUCCUUCCUUGGAGGCUUUUAAGCAGAGUCUGUCGGGAGGGCUUUGAUUGUGCUUUCCCUGCAUAAUGACAGAAGGAGGUUGGACUAGAUGACCCCUGGGGGUCUCUUCUAACUCUAGAAUUAUUCUUUAUUUCACUUUAUUUCUUAAUUAGUCGCUCUCCACCAGAGUGUUCCAAGCGACUUACAAUUUAUAAUAUCAUUCCACAAUAUAAAAACAUUCAACAGUGACUAUUUGGCAGAUUAGAUCUGAUUUACUCAAAUGCUCAACCAAACAGCCAAGUCUUGAGCGCUUUUCCAAAAGGUCACAACUCCGACAUUACUCUAACAUAUGGAGGCAAUGAGUUCCACAGAACUGGAGCAUAGGUUGAAAAGACUCUACGCCUUUGCAGCUUCCAAUUCUAUGAUUCUAAGUUCUGUCAAAGUUUAAUGCCUAGCUCCCUCCCCAAUUUGGUGCCCAAGUCUUUGGAGAACCUCCGCUUGCACAUGCUGGGAGUUGUAGUCCAGAACAUUAAAAAAAGUUCUGGUUGUGACCCACAUAGGUAAAUGUAAAGGUUUCCCCUGACGUUAAGUCCAGUCGUGACUGACUCUGGGGGUUGGUGCUCAUCUCCAUUUCUAAGCCGAAGAGCCGGCGUUGUCCGUAGACACCUCCAAGGUCAUGUGGCCAGCUUGACUGCAUGGAGCGCCGUUAACUUCCCGCCGGAGCGGUACCUAUUGAUCUACUCACAUUUGCAUGUUUUCGAACUGCUAGGUUGGCAGGAGCUGGGGCUAACAGCGGGCACUCAUUCUGCUCCCGGGUGUCACGACCCAGGCUGCAGAGCACCAAUAACCAUACACAGAGGCCAGAAUCUAUCUAAUAUCUUUAUUAAGGAAAUAUGUAAAGUCAAUAAAAAUAAGUGCAGAAUAAAGUUCAGAAGAAGACCUUUCGGGAAAGGUCAAUUAUAGUCCAGGAAAACAAUGUCCAAUAUGAAAUAUUAAGGUCCAAAGUUAUAAUCCAGUAACCGAAACACUCACUUUGCCAAGCAAAGUGAGGGGAGAAGACAAGGUCCUUUAGUCCAUGAAACUUAGGCAAGGCAAGGAAAUAACUUGAUUCAAGGCUUAAUUCAAGGCAGCAAGAACAAGGAGCAAAAACAGGAUCCGUGGUAAUUACGUGGCGAGGUCCGGGAAGCAAGGCAAGGUCCGUGAAGCAAGGCAGGGUCCUGGGAAGCAAGGCAGGGCUGGAAACGAGAGCAAAGGACUUGGAUGCGGGAGUAGCGUAGUCCACACACAACCUACUCCCGAAGCUGACGAAUUGACUCCGCAAGAUUCCUUCGUGGGCAAAACACCUAAGUAGGGUCUCGUUUUCCCGCCAAAGAGCAGUUCUCUGGGGAACCAGAAACGAAAGCUAUUCUCUGAGUCCAGAUGCAUGACUCCUUAAAGUUUCCCAUGGGAAGCAGACUUAAUCAGCUGAAUGCUUUGCAGCGAUCCUAGCGCUCCUGCGAGACGCCUCCUGAGCGCCCCUCUGUUGUUUACAAUAAUCAUGGCGAGAAAAUGGGGGAGAUUUCGGCUCAGGGCUUGUUUGACAAACUUCUGGAAGACAAAUCUCCUGCAGGUGCAAGGGCUCCAAUUCUGGCUGAGAAAGCUCCAAUUCUGGCUGAAACGGUGGGAAACCUAAGUUUUCCUCUUCAUCUGUCACAACAGCGCUAGGAACGGGACUACAUGGCCCAUGAGUCAUCACACCGGGAUUUGAACCUGGGACCUUUUGGUCUGCAAGUUCAGCAGCUCAGUGCUUUAACGCACUGUGCCACCAGGGACCCAUUAUACCCAUGUGUAUACUAUAAAUGAUAUUCUGAAAGAAACCAGAGAUGUAUAGUUCUGAGGGAUUGUUAGGGGUGCAGGGCAAUGUUCCAACAACACCGCAACCCUAGACACAAAUGUUGGGACUCCAAAUAACUUUUGUUGGUUUGGCCUGCGCCUUCGCUUCCUUCUCAUGUCGCACCUCAGAAUUGUUCACCUUGCUAUAGACACACAGUCAGACACAGAAGAAAGUCUUUUGAAGUUUUAUUGAGCAAAAGCAAAUAUAUAAAUCAAAGCAGGCAGUUGAAAGGUUUUUUAAAGUUGCAGUAAAAAAGUCAUUAGGAAUCCAAUUAGUUCAUAAGCCAUAAAAAUCCAUUAGUCCAUAAACCAUAGCAAUCUAAUAAUCCAUAAGUCAAGACAGUAGACAGUAGAUCCCAAAACAAAGGCCCAAAGGUACAAAGAUCCAGGAAAACUUCUCUUAGGCUUGAAACAAGAACACACAGAUGAAGCGAGGAUUUGCUUUGAGGACAAGCUAUCUGCAAACACACACUUUUAAAAGCACCCUAGAAAGGCAUUUCUUUUCCCAGAAGUGGCCUCUUUCCUUCCCGCUAGCCUCUCACUCCUACGGACCUGAAAUCCUCUCCACAACAAAUGGUCAGCCCUAGAUAAUUCAAGGUCUUCGUUAUCUUGCACCUGAAACGGGACUUGAGAGCUCUCUUGCUCAUUAAUUCCCUGGGAAUGUCAUCCUGGCUGUUAUCUAUAGCUUCUGGGGUCAACAGUUCAUUCUGCACAAACUGCAAUUCUUGAGCCUCUGAUUCAGCCUGUAUUCCCAUGCCAUCAUCCUCUGGCUCAACUGGCCCUUGUAUCUGAAACCCAGAAUCCCCUUCUUCAUCCUCACUCUGGCUAUCCUGUGGCUGAGUCACAACAUCUCAAGACAGACCUGCCCUUCCAUUCUGCGCUGCAUUUCUCGCCUUCCCUUUCCGUCUGCCAAAUACGGUAACAGUUUUUGCAUGGACGACAAGCCCCGGAGAUGAACUGGACCAACAAAAGAUAAAUUGGCAAAUGUUUGCCACUGUUCUGACAUGCGCCAGGGGCGUUUUAUGCCCCACCAGGAGGCCAAAAGUGCAGUUUAUAUUAUCAGAUUAACAACUUGUUGUUUUUAAAGAAAGAGGAUUCAGCUAAAGGUAGCCAAGAGAAGUCAUUUCCAUGCGUUUGCCAAAGACUUGCAUAAUAUUGGUGUGCGCAACUUCUUUUCUAGCGACUUGCCAUCAACGGGCAGGGUCUGGCUUUCACCCGUGAAUCCACUUCUUUGAGUAAAAAACUGAGCUCGGAUCAUGGAAAUCACCAUUUUAAAAAGCCAUUCAGAAAACUAACUUGCAUAUUGCAUCCAUCGUUUUUACUGAACUCGGAGCCACGGAUAGUCAAAACUGGAGCUCUUUCUUUCCUUUUAUUUGAUCCUGACAGUUUGAUUGGUUUCAAAUACGUAUUUUCAACAAGUCAUGGAAUUCUCGAGUUGGAAAGGAUUCAGAGGUCAUCCAGUCCAACCCCCUUCUCUCAGGCAGUAAAAGCACAAUCAAAGCCCUCCCAACAGAUGGCCAUCCAGCCUCAUAAGCAUUAGCAGGUUCAUGGAGAAAUAUAGAAUCAAAGCCCCCUGACAGGUGGCCAAAAUAUAAUAAAAGCCAAUGUUUGUAUGUACAGUAGAGUCUCACUUAUCCAACAUAAACAGGCCAGCAGAACGAUGGAUAAGCGAAUAUGUUGGAUAAUAAGGAAAGAUUUUAAAAAGCCUAUUAAACAUGAAAAUAGGUUAUGAUUUUAUAACUUAAGCACCAAAACAUUAUGUUAUACAACAAAUUUGACAGAAUAAGUAGUUCAUUACACAUUAAUGCUAUGUAGUAAUAACUGUAUUUACGAAUUUAGCACCAAAAUAUCACGAUACAGUAGAAUCUCACUUAUCCAACAUAAACGGGCCGGCAGAAUGUUGGAUAAGCGAAUAUAUUGGAUAAUAAGGAGGCAUUAAGGAAAAGCCUAUUAAACAUCAAAUUAGGUUAUGAUUUCACAAAUUAAGCACCAAAACAUCACGUUUAACAACAAAUUUGACAUAAAAAGUAGUUCAAUACACAGUAAUGCUAUGUAGUAAUUACUGUAUGUACGAAUUUAGCACCAAAAUAUCACGAUGUAUUGAAAACAUUGACUACAAAAAUGUGUUGGAUAAUCCAGAACGUUGGAUAAGCAAGUGUUGGAUAAGUGAGACUCUACUGUACGUAUUUUCAGCAAGUCAUGGAAUCCUCGAGUUGGAAAGGAUUCAGAGGUCAUCCAGUCCAACCCCCUUCUGUCAGGCAGUAAAAGCACAAUCAAAGCCCUCCCAACAGAUGGCCAUCCAGCCUCAUAAGCAUUAGCAGGUUCAUGGAGAAAUAUAGAAUCAAAGACUCCUACAGCUGGAGGAGACCCCAAGGGCCAUCCAGUCCUACCUCCUCCUUUUCUGCCGGGCAGGAAAUGCACAACCAAAUCCCCUGACAGGUGGCUAAAUAUAAUAAAAGUCAAUGUUUGUA